UGAAGGGGUCGGACUUCCUUGAUCCAAUACAAGUUUGCCUGAGCAUGACGUCUAUGAAACCGCAGUGUCAGGAGUUAAACGCAACUGAUAUCAUUAAACCUGAAGCACCAUUUGGCUUAAAAAUUACCUACCAAGAGGCAACAAAUGAGUAUCUUGUCAAAUUCUCAACUCCGCAUGUACCAAUAUCAUACCUUGCUAACAAAUUAAUACAUGAAAUAGCCUAUCGGCAGGAAAACAAAACAUGGGAUACCACAGUGCAAGUGGAUUACCUUGAAUUAAAACUUCAGGGGAAGGAUUUGGAGCCAGAUACAACGUAUGAGAUCAAAGUCCGAUCGAAGCCCAAUGGACAGCGUUUCCAUGGCAUUUGGAGUGACUGGAGCCUUUCUGCUUUCAUCAAAACUCAAGCCAGAAAGCCAGAUGUAAUCAAUUAUGGGGAACAGGACCUCUCCAUGAUGGUAGCUUUCAUUUUGGGUUUCAUUGUGCUGCUGCUUAUAAUUUCUCUGGUCCCAAUAUUUUGGAAAAACAGGAUCAAACCCAUAGUGUGGCCAGCCCUCCCUAAUCAUGAUAAAACUUUGGAUAAACUCUGCAACAAACUAAAAAAGAAUUCUGACUUAAGCUGCUUCGACCCUGAGAGUCUGGGCUAUGCUCACAUCCACACCGUGAACAGCAUUCAGGCCAAAUCAGAAGUGAACUGCUUUCAGCAGCCACUGCUUGCUUGGGAUGCAGGUGUUCUGGAGACAACGGGGAAAGGACCAGACCAGACAAGCCUGAUCCACAUUAAUCAUGGCUGGUUGAAGCUGCCUCUGGCCUAUGAAGGAAUGUGGCCAGCUGAGAUGCUGAAGAGGGGUUUGGGCAGAAGUAACCAUGCCAAUGGUGACCCAUUCAUCAGUGCCAGCCUGUGCAGUGGGAGUAGUUCUGGUAGCCAGCAUGGCUGCAGUGAAGCCUCCAGCACCAAUUCGGCUUCAUCAAUACUGAUGCCUUCAGCACCCACCAUCCCGCCUGGAUUACAGGCAGAGCUAUAUACCAACAAUGAGACUAGGGUGUCGAGUGAAGAAGAAGCCUAUAUCACAAUGGCAAGCUUUUCUCAAAAGCAAGGGGAACCAGGAGCCUGGCAAUGCUGGCAUAUGGCGUAG